AUGGUCACAGUGAGGGUCUGCGAGGAGGGAGGCUCCCAGGGCCUCAGUGUGGGCAGAAAAGAUGCUCCCCACCGGGUGGGGCUCCAUGACCGACCCUCAGCCCUGAGGAGGGUGCUCCAAGCAAGCCAGCGCCACCCCUUUUCUGCUAGGGUCCCUGCGGAGGCAGAAAGUGUAGAGCAGGGAGGGACUCCAGACCUCAGUUUACUCAGGACUUCUCUGUGCCCUCCACCCCCGGGGGCUCCGUGGGAGUGGGUAUUCCUAGUGGGCCCAGGUUUCGGGGCUCUGUACCAUGGUUCCUCAGGGCCUUUCCAGACUGAUGAGGCAGCAGCUGGCUUUGAGGUUCACCAGAGACUGAGACCCCUCCGUCUGAGGCAGGACCCGCUUCCCUCGUCCUGCGGUGCCCAGGGGAGCCGGUUCAAGUGUGCCUGCCUGGGAGGUGCCCUGCAAGUCCUAAUUACAGUGAGCCGAACCCGAAGCCACACCCACAACGUCUGCAGCACCUGGGGCAACUUCAACUACAAGACCUUCGACGGCGACGUCUUCCGCUUCCCCGGCCUCUGUGACUACAACUUCGCCUCUGACUGCCGUGACUCCUACAAGGAGUUUGCCGUCCACCUGAAGCGGGGCCUGGGCCCGGGUGGCAGCCACCCGCAGGUGGAGUCCGUGCUGCUGACCAUCAAGGACGACACCAUCUACCUCACCCACCAGCUGACUGUGGUGAACGGGGCCAUGGUCAGCAGCCCGCACUACAGCUCGGGGCUGCUCAUCGUGAAGAGUGACACCUACACCAAGGUCUACUCCCGCGCCGGCCUCUCGCUCAUGUGGAACCGUGAGGAUGCACUCAUGCUGGAGCUGGACAGCAGGUUCCAGAACCACACCUGUGGGCUGUGUGGCGACUACAAUGGGCAGCAGACCUACUCGGAGUUCCUGUCAGAAGGCAUAAGCUUCAGUGCCAUGGAGUUUGGGAACAUGCAGAAGAUCAACAAGCCUGAGGCGGAGUGCAAGGACCCUGAGGAGCCAACCAUGCCUAGGUCCUGCUCCGAGCACCGCGCCGAGUGCGAGCAGCUGCUGACGGCCGCAGCCUUCGAGGACUGCCAGGCCCGUGUGCUGCUGGAGCCCUACGUGCAGGCCUGCGUGCGUGACCGCUGCCAGUGCCCACUCGGUGACGGCUGUGUCUGCAGCACCGUGGCUGAAUUCUCCCGCCAGUGCUCCCACGCUGGCGGCCGGCCUGGAAACUGGAGGACAGCCUCACUCUGUGCCAAGAGCUGCCCCGGCAACAUGGUGUACCUGGAGAGCGGCUCACCCUGCAUGGACACCUGCUCCCACCUGGAGGUCAGCAGCCUGUGUGAAGAGCAUCCCAUGGACGGCUGCUUCUGUCCUGAAGGCACUGUGUACGACGACAUCAUGGGCAGUGGCUGCGUCCCUGUCAGCCAGUGCCACUGCAAGCUCCAUGGCCACCUGUAUGCACCAGGACAGGAGGUCACCAACGACUGUGAGCAGUGCAUCUGCAACACUGGCCGCUGGGUGUGCAAGAACCUGCCGUGUCCUGGGACCUGUGCCUUAGAAGGUGGCUCCCACAUCAUCACCUUUGACGGAAAGAAGUUCACCUUCCACGGGGACUGCUACUAUGUCCUGACCAAGAGCCACCACAAUGACUCUUACGCCCUGCUGGGCGAGCUGGCACCCUGCGGAGCCACGGACAAGCAGACCUGCCUGAAGACUGUCGUGCUGCUGACUGACAGCAGGAAGAACGUGGUGGUCUUCAAGUCGGAUGGCAGCGUGCUGCUCAACGAGCUGCAGGUGACCCUGCCCCACGUGGCCGCCGGCUUCUCCAUCUUCCGGCCAUCUUCCUACCACGUCGUGGUGAACACGGUCCUUGGGCUGCGGCUGCAGGUCCAGCUGGUGCCUGUCAUGCAGCUCUUCGUGACACUGGACCCGUCGGCCCAGGGGCAGGUGCAGGGCCUCUGUGGGGACUUCAAUGGCCUGGAAAGUGAUGACCUCAAGACGUCAGGGGGGCUGGUGGAGGCCACAGGUGCCAGUUUUGCCAACUCCUGGAAGGCGCAAGCGAGCUGCCACGACAAGCCGGACUGGCUGGAUGACCCCUGCUCCCUCAACAUUGAGAGUGCCAACUACGCUGAGCACUGGUGCUCCCUCCUGAAGAAGACAGAGACCCCCUUUGGCAGGUGCCACUUGGCGGUGGACCCCGCUGACUAUUACAAGAGGUGCAAGUACGACACCUGCAACUGUCAGGACAACGAGGACUGCCUGUGCGCGGCCCUGUCUUCCUACGCUCGUGCCUGUGCUGCCAAAGGCGUCAUGCUGUGGGGCUGGCGAGAGCACGUCUGCAACAAGGACGUGGAUGCCUGCCCCAAUUCACAGAUCUUCCUGUACAACCUGACCACCUGCCAGCAGACCUGCCGCUCGCUGUCCGAGGGGAAUGCCCACUGCCUGCAGGGCUUUGCGCCUGUGGAUGGCUGCGGCUGCCCCGACCACACCUUCCUGGAUCAGAAGGGCCGCUGUGUGCCCCAGGCCAAAUGCUCCUGCUACCACCAUGGACUCUACUUGGAGGCAGGGGAGGUGAUUCUGAGACAGAGUGAGCGCUGCAUUUGCCAGGACGGGAGGCUGAGCUGCAGGCCGAUUCAGCUGAUCGGGCACAGCUGCAGGGCCCCAAAGAUCGUGGUAGACUGCAACAACGUCACGUCCCUGGCCACCCAGGAGGCCCAUCCCCUUAGCUGCCAGACGCUGGUAGCUGGCUAUUUCCACACGGGGUGUGUCGGUGGCUGUGUGUGUCCUGAGGGGCUGCUGGACGAUGGCCAUGGAGGCUGUGUGGUAGAGGAGGAAUGCCCGUGUAUCCACAAUGAGGACCUGUACCUCCCCGGGGGCAAGAUCAAGUUGGACUGCAACACCUGCACCUGCCAGAGGGGACGCUGGGAGUGCACGAAGUUCGUGUGCCAUGGCACCUGCUCCAUCUACGGCAGCGGCCACUACGUCACCUUUGACGGGAGACACUAUGACUUUGACGGACACUGCUCCUACGUGGCUGUUCAGGACUACUGUGGCCAGAACUCCACAGGAUCCUUCAGCAUCGUCACUGAGAAUGUCCCCUGUGGCACCACUGGUGUCACCUGUUCCAAGGCCAUCAAGAUCUUCUUAGGGAGGACAGAGCUGAAGCUGGAGGACAAGCACAGCAAGGCAAUCCAGUUGGAGGAGGGCCACCAUGCAGCCUACACUAUGCGGGAGGUGGGCCAGUACCUGGUGGUGGAGGCCAGCAUGGGCGUCAUUGUGAUCUGGGACAAGAAGACCACCGUCUUCAUCAAGCUGGCUCCCUCCUACAAGGGCUCCGUGUGUGGGCUGUGUGGGAACUUCGAUGACUGUACCAACAAUGACUUCACCACCCGUGACCACAUGGGGGUGAGCAGCGAGCUGGACUUUGGGAACAGCUGGAAGGAGGCCUCCACCUGCCCGGAUGUGACCACCACCCCAGACCCCUGCAGCCUGAACCCACACCGCCUCUCCUGGGCUGAGAAGCAGUGCAGUAUCAUCAAGAGCAGGGUGUUUGCCACCUGCCACAGCAAGGUGGACCCCAUGGUCUUCUAUGAGGCCUGUGUGCAUGACUCCUGUUCUUGUGAUUCUGGCGGGGAUUGUGACUGCUUCUGCUCUGCUGUGGCCUCCUAUGCCCAGGAGUGCACCAAGGAGGGGGCCUGUGUGUUCUGGAGGACGCCGGACCUGUGUCCCGUAUUCUGCGACUACUAUAACCCCCCUGAUGAGUGUGAGUGGCACUACGAGCCAUGCGGGAACCGCAGCUUCGAGACUUGCAGGACCAUCAAUGGCAUCCACUCCAACAUCUCCGUGUCCUACUUGGAGGGCUGCUACCCCCGGUGCCCCAAGGACAGGCCCAUCUACGAUGAGGACCUGAAGAGGUGUGUCACUGCGGACAAGUGCGGCUGCUAUGUCGAGGACACCCACUAUCCGCCGGGAGCUUCGAUUCCCACCCAGGAGAUCUGCGAGUCUUGUGUGUGCACUAACUCCUCCGACGUGAGCUGCCAGUGGGAUGAAGGGAAGGUUCUCAACUUUACCCAGGAUGGGGUCUUCUGUUACGAGGAGACCUGCGGCCCCAACGGGACAGUGGUUCAGAACUUCACCAUCUGUGCAUCCACCACGCUAAAGCCAUCCACCCUGGCGACUUCCACUCCUGUCCUCACCACCACUACCACCCCUCUCACCACCACCACCACCACCACCGCCAGCACCACCACGCCCAUGACCUCCAGUACAGAACUGUGCUGCUUCUGGUCAGACUGGAUCAACGAGGACAACCCGAGCAGCGGCAGCAAUGGUGGUGACCGUGAGACUUUUGACAGCAUCUGCGCAGCUCCUGAGAACAUUGAGUGCAGGUCGGCCACUGAGCCUAAACUAAGCUGGGAGGAACUCGGCCAGAAAGUACAGUGUAAUGUGUCUGAUGGGUUCUUCUGCAAGAAUGAAGAUCAGUUUGAAAAUGGACCAUUUGGGCUGUGUUAUGACUACGAGAUACGAGUCAAUUGUUGCGUGCCAAUAUACUACUGUACAUCCAGCACUCCUACCUCUCCAUCAACAACCAUACCAACCACACCAUCGUCAACCACGCUGAAGCCACUGACAACACCAACCACAACACUGAACACACCAUCGAUCACUGUGCCAAAAACGCAACCAACAACGACAUCGACCACGCCAUUGACCACCACUGGAGCACCAACGACCCCCAUGCCACCCCCGCUGUCAUCCACCAAGCCAGCCACGCCGUCCACAACAACACAGACCACGCAACUGACCACCACUACUGCACCACCAACCCCCAUAUCAACCCCGCCAUCGACCACCACGCCCAUCACGCCACCUCCAACUACAUUGACCACACCACUGACCAUCACUACCGCACCACCGACAACCACGGUGACGCUGCUGUCGAGCACCACAUCUGUCACACCACCCAAAACUACACCGACCACGCCACUGACCACCACUACUGGACCACUGACCUCCACGCCAACCCCGCUGUCGACCACCAUUCCCAUCACGAUACCUCCAACUACACCAACCACACAACUGACCACUACUACCGCACCACCGACCCCCACGCUGACCCCACCUUUGACCACGACUCCAGUCACCCCACGGACUUCUACACCGACCACGCCAAUGACCACCACUACUGGACCACCGACUUCCACGCUGACCCCGCUGUCAAACACCACACCUGUCACGCCACCUCCAACUUCAACAACCACGCCACUGACCACCAGUACUGCAUCACCGACCCCCAGCCCGAACCCGCUGUCGACCACCACGCCUAAAACGCUACCUCCAACUAUACCCACCAAGUCAUCUACAACCACUACUGCACCACCGACCCCCACGCCUACCCAACUGUCGAUCACCACGACAGUCCCUCCAUCGACAACUACACCGACCACGCCACUGACCACCACUACCACAGCACCGACACCCACAGGAAUCCCGCUAUCGACCACAAUCUCUGUCACUCCACCGACAACUACACCAACCACGCCACGGACCACCACUACCGCACCACCAACCCCCACGCCGACCCCGCUGUCGACCACCACGCCUAUCACACCACCUCCAACUACAACAACCACGCCUCUAACCACCACUACCACACCACCAACGUCCACGCCAACCCCACUGUCAACGACCACACCCGUCACUCCACCAACACCUACACCGACUAUGCCACUGACCACCACUACGGCACCACCUACGCCCACACCAACACCGCUGACCACCACCACGUCCGUCACUCCACCGACACCUACACCGACCACGCCACUGACCACCACUACCACACCACCGACACCCACGCCAACACCGCUGACUACCACCACUCCCGUCACUCCAUCGACUACUACACCGACCACGCCACUGACCACCACUACCACACCACCGACACCCACGCCAACACCGCUGACUACCACCACUCCCGUCACUCCAUCGACUACUACACCGACCACGCCACUGACCACCACUACCACACCACCGACACCCACGCCAACACCGCUGACUACCACCACUCCCGUCACUCCAUCGACUACUACACCGACCACGCCACUGACCACCACUACCACACCACCGACACCCACGCCAACACCGCUGACUACCACCACUCCCGUCACUCCAUCGACUACUACACCGACCACGCCACUGACCACCACUACCACACCACCGACACCCACGCCAACACCGCUGACUACCACCACUCCCGUCACUCCAUCGACUACUACACCGACCACGCCACUGACCACCACUACCACACCACCAACGUCCACGCCAACCCCACUGUCAACGACCACACCCGUCACUCCACCAACAACUACACCGACUAUGCCACUGACCACCACUACGGCACCACCAACGCCCACACCAACACCGCUGACCACCACCACGUCCGUCACUCCACCGACACCUACACCGACCACUCCACUAACCACCAGUACUGCACCAUCAACCCCCAAGUUGACCCCGCUGUCGACCACCACGCCUACCACGCCACCCCCAACUACCACAACCACGCCACUGACCACUACUAAGGCACCACCAAUGUCCACGCCAACCCUUCUAUCAACCACCACACCCCUCACUCCACCGACACCUACACCGACCACGCCACUGACCACCACUACCACACCACCCACCCCGACGCCGACUCCCCCGCUGUCAACCACCACACCGGUCACUGCAUCGACUACUACACCGACCACGCCACUGACCACCACUACCGCACCACCUACAUCCACGCCAAGCCUUCUGUCAACAACCACACCCCUCACUCCACCGACACCUACACCGACCACGCCACUGACCACCACUACUGCACCACCGACACCCACGCCAACCCCUCUGUCAACCACCACACCCCUCACUCCACCGACACCUACACCGACCACGCCACUGACCACCACUACCACACCACCCACUCCGACGCCGACUCCGCUCUCGACCACCACGACUAUCACGCCACCUCCAACUCUACCCACCACCUCACCUACAACCACUACUGUACCACCGACCCCCACGCCUACUGGGCAGUCGACCACCACACCCGUCACUCCACCGACACCAACACCGAUCACGCCGCUGACCACCACUACUGCAACGCCAACCCCGACGCCGACUCCGCUGUCGACCACCACGCCUAAUACACCACCUCCCACGACAACAACCACACCACUGAACACCACUACCGCACCACCGACAUCCACAGGAAUCCCACUAUCGACCACAACCCCUGUCACUCCACCAACAACUACAACAACCACGCCACUGACCACUACUACCGCACCACCAACGCCGACACCGACCCCACUGUCCACCACCACUUCUAUCACGACACCUCCAACUGCAACAACCACACCACUGACCACCACUACCGCACCACCGACGCCCACACCAACCCCUCUGUCAACCACCACACCCCUCACUCCACCAACACCUACACCGACCACGCCACUGACCACCACUACCACACCACCCACUCCGACUCCAGCUACAACAACCACGCCACUGACCACCACUACUGCACCACCGACGCCCACGCCAACCCCUCUGUCAACCACCACACCCCUCACUCCACUGACACCUACACCGACCACGCCACUGACCACCACUACCACACCAUCAACCCUGACAUCGACCCCACUGUCGACCACCACGCCUAUCACGCCACCUCCAACUACAACAACCAACGCCUAUACACCACCUCCAACUACAACAACCACGCCCCUAACCACCACUACCACACCACCAACGUCCACGCCAACCCCACUGUCAACGACCACACCCGUCACUCCACCAACAACUACACCGACUGCGCCACUGACCACCACUACGGCAUCAUCAACGCACACACCAACACCGCUGACCACCACCACGCCCGUCACUCCACCGACACCUACACCGACCACUCCACUAACCACCAGUACUGCACCAUCAACCCCCAAGUCGACCCCGCUGUCAACCAACCCACCUAUCACGCCACCUCCAACUAUCACAACCACGCCACUGACCACCACUACCGCACCACCAACGUCCACGCCAACCCCUCUGUCAACCACCACACCCCUCACUCCACCGACACCUACACCGACCACGCCACUGACCACCACUACCACACCACCCACCCCGACACCGACCCCGCUGUCGACCACCACGCCUAUCACGCCACCUCCAACUACAACAACCACGCCACGGACCACCACUACCACACCACCGACUCCCCUGCCAACUCCGCUGAGGACCACCACACCUGUCACUCCACUGACAACUACACCCACCACACCACCUACCACCACUGCUGCACCACCUACCCCCAGCCGGACCCCGCUGUCGACCACCACACCCGUCACUGCAUCGACAACUACACUGACCACGCCACUGACCACUACUACCACACCACCCACCCCGACGCCGACCCCGCUGUCAACCACCACGCCUAUCACGGCACCUCCAACUAUACCCACCACCUCACCUACAACCACUACUGUACCACCGACCCCCACGCCUACCCGGCCAUCGACCACCACGAUUAUCCCUUCACCGACAACUACACCGACCAGGCCACUGACCACCACUACCGCACCACCUACUCCGACGCUGACCCUGUUGUCGACCACCACGCCUAUCACGCCACCUCCAACUACCACAACCACGCCACUGACCACCACGACCGCACCACCAGCGUCCACGCCAAGCCCUCUGUCAACCACCACACCCCUCACUCCACCGACAACUACACCAACCACGCCACUGACAGCCUCUACCACACCAGCCACCCAAACGCCAACCCCGCCUUCGACCACCACGACUAUCACGCCACCUCCAACUCUAUCCACCACCUCACACACAACAACUGCUGUACCACCGACCCCCACGCCUACUGGGCAGUCGACCACCACACCCAUCACUCCACCGACACCUACACCGACCACGCCGUUGACCACCACUACUGCACCACCAACCCCGACGCCAACCCCACUGUUGACCACCACGCCUGUCAUGCCACCUCCAACUAUACCCACCAUGUCACCUACCAGCACUACUGUACCAUCGACUCCCACGCCUACCCAGCUAUCAACCACCACAAGUGUCCCUCCACCAACAACUACACCGACCACGCCACUGCCCACCACUACCACACCACCCACUCCGACACCGACGCCGCUCUCAACCACCACGCCUAUCACGCCACCUCCAACUAUCAGAACCACGCCACUGACCACCACUACCACACCACCGACGCCCACACCAAUCCCGCUGACUACCACCACUCCCAUCACUCCAUCGACUACUACACCAGUCACUCCACUGACAACUACUACCGCACCACCAACCCCGACACCGACCCCGCUGUCAACCACCACGCCUAUCACGGCACCUCCAACUAUACCCACCACCUCACCUACAACCACUACUGUACCACCGACCCCCACGCCUACCCAGCUAUCGACCACCACGGCUGUCCCUCCACCGACAACUACACCAACCACGCCACUGACCACCACUACCGCACCACCAACCCCCACGCUGACCCCGCUAUCGACCACCACGCCUAUCACACCACCUCCAACUACAACAACCACGCCCCUAACCACCACUACCACACCACCAACGUCCACGCCAACCCCACUGUCAACGACCACACCCGUCACUCCACCAACAACUACACCGACUGCGCCACUGACCACCACUACGGCAUCAUCAACGCACACACCAACACCGCUGACCACCACCACGCCCGUCACUCCACCGACACCUACACCGACCACUCCACUAACCACCAGUACUGCACCAUCAACCCCCAAGUCGACCCCGCUGUCAACCAACCCACCUAUCACGCCACCUCCAACUAUCACAACCACGCCACUGACCACCACUACCGCACCACCAACGUCCACGCCAACCCCUCUGUCAACCACCACACCCCUCACUCCACCGACACCUACACCGACCACGCCACUGACCACCACUACCACACCACCCACCCCGACGCCGACCCCGCUCUCGACCACCACGCCAAUCUCGCCACCUCCAACUACCACAACCAUGCCACUGACCACCACUACCACACCACCGACGCCCACGCCAACCCUGCUGAUUACCACCACUCCCGUCACUCCAUCGACUACUACACCGACCACGCCACUGACCACUACUACCGCACCACCAACCCCGACACCAACCCCACUGUUGACCACCACGCCUAUCACGCCACCUCCAACUACAACAACCACGCCACUGACCACCACUACCACACCACCGACUCCCCCGCCAACUUCGCUGACGACCACCACGCCUGUCACUCCACCGACAACUACACCCACCACACCACCUACCACCACUGCUACACCACCUACCCCCAGCCGGACCCCGCUGUCGACCACCACACCUGUCACUGCAUCGACAACUACACCGACCACGCCACUGACCACCACUACCACACCACCCACCCCGACGCCGACCCCGCUGUCAACCACCACGCCUAUCACGGCACCUCCAACUAUACCCACCACCUCACCUACAACCACUACUGUACCACCGACCCCCACGCCUACCCAGCUAUCGACCACCACGGCUGUCCCUCCACCGACAACUACACCAACCACGCCACUGACCACCACUACCGCACCACCAACCCCCACGCUGACCCCGCUAUCGACCACCACGCCUAUCACACCACCUCCAACUACAACAACCACGCCCCUAACCACCACUACCACACCACCAACGUCCACGCCAACCCCACUGUCAACGACCACACCCGUCACUCCACCAACAACUACACCGACUGCGCCACUGACCACCACUACGGCAUCAUCAACGCACACACCAACACCGCUGACCACCACCACGCCCGUCACUCCACCGACACCUACACCGACCACUCCACUAACCACCAGUACUGCACCAUCAACCCCCAAGUCGACCCCGCUGUCAACCAACCCACCUAUCACGCCACCUCCAACUAUCACAACCACGCCACUGACCACCACUACCGCACCACCAACGUCCACGCCAACCCCUCUGUCAACCACCACACCCCUCACUCCACCGACACCUACACCGACCACGCCACUGACCACCACUACCACACCACCCACCCCGACGCCGACCCCGCUCUCGACCACCACGCCAAUCUCGCCACCUCCAACUACCACAACCAUGCCACUGACCACCACUACCACACCACCGACGCCCACGCCAACCCUGCUGAUUACCACCACUCCCGUCACUCCAUCGACUACUACACCGACCACGCCACUGACCACUACUACCGCACCACCAACCCCGACACCAACCCCACUGUUGACCACCACGCCUAUCACGCCACCUCCAACUACAACAACCACGCCACUGACCACCACUACCACACCACCGACUCCCCCGCCAACUUCGCUGACGACCACCACGCCUGUCACUCCACCGACAACUACACCCACCACACCACCUACCACCACUGCUACACCACCUACCCCCAGCCGGACCCCGCUGUCGACCACCACACCUGUCACUGCAUCGACAACUACACCGACCACGCCACUGACCACCACUACCACACCACCCACCCCGACGCCGACCCCGCUGUCAACCACCACGCCUAUCACGCCCCCUCCAACUAUCACAACCACGCCACUGACUACCACUACCACACCACCGACGCCCACGCCAUCUCCUCUGACUACCACCACUCCCGUCACUCCACCGACUCCUACACCGACCACGCCACGGACCACCACUACCACACCAGCCACCCCGACGCCGACCCCGCUGUCAACCACCACGCCUAUCACGCCCCCUCCAACUAUCACAACCACGCCACUGACUACCACUACCACACCACCGACGCCCACGCCAUCUCCUCUGACUACCACCACUCCCGUCACUCCACCGACUCCUACACCGACCACGCCACGGACCACCACUACCACACCAGCCACCCCGACGCCGACCCCGCUGUCAACCACCACGCCUAUCACGCCCCCUCCAACUAUCACAACCACGCCACUGACUACCACUACCACACCACCGACGCCCACGCCAUCUCCUCUGACUACCACCACUCCCGUCACUCCACCGACUCCUACACCGACCACGCCACGGACCACCACUACCACACCAGCCACCCCGACGCCGACCCCGCUGUCAACCACCACGCCUAUCACGCCCCCUCCAACUAUCACAACCACGCCACUGACUACCACUACCACACCACCGACGCCCACGCCAUCUCCUCUGACUACCACCACUCCCGUCACUCCACCGACUCCUACACCGACCACGCCACGGACCACCACUACCACACCAGCCACCCCGACGCCGACCCCGCUGUCAACCACCACGCCUAUCACGCCCCCUCCAACUAUCACAACCACGCCACUGACUACCACUACCACACCACCGACGCCCACGCCAUCUCCUCUGACUACCACCACUCCCGUCACUCCACCGACUCCUACACCGACCACGCCACGGACCACCACUACCACACCAGCCACCCCGACGCCGACCCCGCUGUCAACCACCACGCCUAUCACGCCCCCUCCAACUAUCACAACCACGCCACUGACUACCACUACCACACCACCGACGCCCACGCCAUCUCCUCUGACUACCACCACUCCCGUCACUCCACCGACAACUACACCAAACACGCCACUAAUCACCCUUACUACGCCACCAACCCCCAAGCCAACCCCGCUGUCGACCAGCACGCCUAUCACGCCACCCCCAACUACACCUACCACACCACCUACCACCACUACUGCACCACCUACCCCCAGCCGGACUCCGCUGUCGACCACCACACCCGUCACUGCAUCGACUACUACACCGACCACGCCACUGACCACUACUACCACACCACCCACCCCGACGCCGACUCCGCUGUCAACCACCACGCCUAUCACGGCACCUCCAACUAUACCCACCACCUCACCUACAACCACUACUGUACCACCGACCCCCACACCUACUGGACUGUCGACCACCACGCCCGUCACUCCACCGACACCUACACCAACCACGCCGCUGACCACCACUACUGCAACACCAACCCCGACGCCGACCCCGCUGUCGACCACCACGCCUAUCACGACACCUCCAACUACAACAACCACACCACUGACCACCACUACUGCAUCACCGACACCCACAGGAAUCCCGCUAUCGACCACAACCCCUGUCGCUCCACCAACAACUACACCAACCACGCCACUGACCACUACUACCGCACCACCGACCCCCACGCCAAGCCGUCCUUCGACUACCACUCCAGUCACACCCCCAACAACUGCACUGACCACACCACUGACCACUGCUACCACACCACCAACCCCGACGCUGACCCCGCUGUCGACUACCAUGUCCGUGACACCACCCAGAACUCCACCGACCAUGCCACUGACCAGCCCUACUGCAAAUCCGACCCCCAUAUCCACCCCGCCUUCGACCACCACUCUAGCCACCCCACCGACAACUACACUGACCAUGCCAGAGGCCACCACUACCACGCCACCGACCCCCACGCCGACCCCGCUGUCCAUCACCACACUCAUCACUCCAGUGACAACUACACCCACCUCGCCACUGACCACUACUGAGAAACCACCUACCUCCACGCAAACCCUGCCUUUGACAACCACUCCAGUCACGCCACCGACAAGUAUACCAACCUGGCCACUGACCACCACUACUACUCCACCUACCACCUCACCACCGAGCACACCUGCUACUCAAACAACAACCAGGACUACCACUUCACCAACUCCAUCAACUGAGACACCAUACACAAAUACUCCAUGUAUAGCAUGCCAAUGGAGUGGCUGGGUGGAUUCUGGUAAACCUCAAUUUGUCAGGCCGGGGGGAGAUUUUGAACGGAUUGAAGAUGUCUGUGCACCUCCCUGGACAGCUACCAAUAUUUCCUGUAGAGCUGUAGAGUACACUAAUACUUCAAUUGAAGAGCUUGGACAGAUUGUGACAUGUGAUAUCUCUGUUGGGCUGGUAUGCAGAAAUGAAGACCAAAAGCCAGGUGGGGUCAUUCCUCAGAAUUUCUGCAUCAAUUAUGAGAUCAACGUUGAGUGCUGUGGGCCAUGUAUCUUCACAUCUGGCCCCACCAGCCCUACCGCCCUUAUCUCGACCACCACACUAGAGACUUCAACUACAGCACCCACCACCACAGUAACCCCAACAACCACAGCCACCACCACAACCACAGAGACUACAACACCAGCCACAGAGACCCCAAUACCUGCCACUACAACCACAGUGAUACCAACCAUCACACCAGGGACUACAACCACUUCCUCUACCACCACAACUACGGAGACACCAACACCCACACUCACCACUCCAGAGACUCCAACCACUCUCCCAAUAACCACCACACCAGAGACCCCAACACCUAUACCCACCACCACAGAGACCACAACCACUAUAUCAGAGACUCCAACCACUUCCCUUACCAGCACAACCACAGAGACAUCAACACCCACACCCACAUCCAUUACUACAACUACAGAGACCUCAGCCACUACACCAGAGACCCCAACUCCUUCCACUACAACAGAGACCCCAACACCCACACUCAGCACCACAACCAAAGAGACCCCAACCACCACACCAAUCACCCUAAAAACUCCCUCUAUCAUCACAACUCCAGAGACCACGACCCCAACCACAGUGUCCAACACCACAGGGACCCAGAUCACCACAACUCCAGAGACCAUGACUCCAACCCUAGUGUCCACCACUACAGGGACCCCCACCACCACACUGACCAUAACCACGAGGACUACAACUCCUACAUCUACCUCCACCACCCCUGCGCCUCCUGUGCCAACUACCACUGCGGUCACCUCCACCCAGACCAGUCUGUCUUCUACUGAGCCGACCACACUGGAGACCACACCGAUCCAGACUCCCAGCACUGGUUGGGAGACCCUUGGCUCCACCCUUUCCUUCUGCUGCUAUUUGAAUGGCACCUACUAUGAGCCAGGUGAUCUGGUGUACAACGGGACCCAUGGGAACACCUGCUAUUAUGUAAACUGCUCCCUGGACUGCGAGUUGCAGUUCUUCAACUGGUCCUGCCCGUCCACACCCUCCCCAACGCUCUCAACGCCCUCCACAUCAACACCCACUCCCUCCACACCAAAGCCCAGCAAACCAGUCACUACCAAGCCUUCUGGGUGCCCAGACUUCAUUCCUCCAAGAGAGGAGAAUGAGAGCUGGUGGCUGUGUAAUUGCACGAUGGCCAUCUGCAAGCAUGACAACGUGGUGGAGAUCGUGGAGGUGGAGUGCAAGCCGCCACCCAUGCCCACCUGCUCCAAUGGCCUCAAGCCUGUGCAAGUCAUGGACCCUGACGGCUGCUGCUGGCACUGGGAGUGUGACUGCUACUGCACAGGCUGGGGCGACCCACAUUUCGUCACCUUCGACGGGCUCUACUACAGCUACCAGGGCAACUGCACCUACGUGUUAGUGGAGGAGGUCACCUCCACGGUGGACAACUUCGGUGUCUACAUCGACAACUACCACUGCGAUGUCAAUGACAAGGUGUCCUGUCCCCGCACGCUCAUCGUGCGCCACGAGACCCAGGAGGUGCUGAUCAAAACUCUGCAGAUGAAGCCCAUAAAGGUGCAGGUACAGGUCAACAAGCAGGCGGUGGCCCUGCCCUACAGGAAGUACGGGCUGAAGGUAUACGAGUCGGGUAUCAACUUCGUGGUGGACAUCCCAGAGCUUGGUGCCCUCAUCUCCUACAAUGGCCUGUCCUUCUCCAUCAGUCUGCCCUACCAGCGCUUUGGCAACAACACCAAGGGCCAGUGUGGCACCUGCACCAACAGCACAGCAGAUGACUGUGUGCUGCCCAGCGGGGAGGUCACCUCCAACUGUGAGCUGGCUGCUGACCAGUGGGUGGUGAACGACCCCUCCAAGCCACACUGUCCCCACACUGAAAUCCCCACCCCACGCCCAGCUGUCACACAGACUUUGCUGGAGAACUGCACCCUGUCUCCCUUCUGCGAACUCAUCAAAGACAGCUUGUUUGCCCAGUGCCACCCCUGGGUGCCCCCCCAGCACUACUACGAGGCCUGCGUGUUUGACAGCUGCUUUGCUCCGAACUCGGGCAUGGAAUGCGCCAGUGUGCAGGCCUACGCGGCCCUCUGCUCCCAGCAGGGCAUCUGUGUGGACUGGCGGGGACACACGAAUGGGACCUGCGCUGUGACAUGCCCAGCUCACAGGCAGUACCAGGCCUGCGGGCCCUCGGAGGAGCCCACCUGCCAGUCGAGCUCCCCACAGAACUCCUCUUUCCUGGCGGAAGGCUGCUUCUGUCCGGACGGCACCAUGAAUUAUGCCCCUGGCUAUGACAUCUGCGUGAAGAUGUGUGGCUGUGUGGGACCAGACAAUGUGCCCCGAGAGUUUGGGGAGCACUUUGUCUUCGACUGCAAGGACUGUGUCUGCCUGGAGGGCGGCAGCGGCAUUGUCUGCCAGCCCAGGCAGUGCAGUCAAGAGGCCCAGCCCACGUGCGAGGAGGAGGGCAGCUACUUGGUCACUGAGGCCAACCCAGCCGACACCUGCUGCAAUGUCUCCUUGUGCAGGUGCAACACCAGCCUGUGCAAAAAUGAGCCCCCUUCAUGCUCUCUGGGCUUUGAGUUGAAGAGCAAGAUGGUGCCUGGGCGGUGCUGCCCAGUCCACUCCUGUGAGGCUAAGCAGGUGUGUGUGCACAACAAUGCAGAGUACCAGCCUGGAUCCCCAGUGUUCUCCUCCAAGUGCCAGGACUGCGUGUGCACCCAGGAAGUCAACAGCAACACCCAGCUCAACAUCAUCGCCUGCACACCCGUGCCCUGCAACGUCUCCUGUGACCCCGGCUUUGAGCCUGUGGAAGCGCCCGGUGAGUGCUGCAGGAAGUGCCAGCAGACCCACUGCAUCAUCGGCUUGCCCAGCGGCCAGUCCAUCAUCCUGAAGCCUGGGGACAUAGAGAGUAACUCCGACAACAAGUGCACCUUCUUCAGCUGUGUGAAGAUCCACAACCAGCUCAUCACCUCUGUCUCUAACAUCACUUGCCCGGACUUCGACCCCAGCAGCUGCGUCCCGGGCUCCAUCACACUCAUGCCCAACGGGUGCUGCAGGAAAUGCAUUUCUCUAAACGAGACCAGAGCGCCCUGUGCCACCAUCCCAGUCGUCAAGGAAAUUUCAUACGCCGGCUGUGCCAAGAGUGUCACCACCAACUACUGCUCUGGGUCCUGUGGGACGUUUGCCAUGUACUCCGCAGAGGCACAGGCCCUGGACCACCUCUGCUCCUGCUGCAAGGAGGAGAAGACUGUCCAGCGCCAGGUGGUCCUGGACUGUCCCAACGGAGGCUCGCUGCCCCACACCUACACUCACAUCGAGAGCUGCCUGUGCCAGGACAGCAUGUGCGGGCUCCCGCAGGCCCAGCAGUCCCGAGUGCGCCGCUCCAGCCCCCGACUUCUGGGCAGGGCAUGAGUGGCAGUGCCCUCCUGCAUCCCACCCCACCCCGCCUCAUCUGCCACCCUGGAAGUUUCCUCCCCUCUGCUUGGUUUCCUCUCU